AUGGAUGGAAAAACUGUAGAGUGUAGGCAGAGCGCAGUGCAUGCCGAGAGAUGGGGGCGUGGCGGCAGCAGAAGCCGAAGUAGCGACACAAGUGGGAGAAGUAGGAGUGGCAGAGGAGGAAGGAGCGGCAAAAGGGACAGACGUAGCAGAAAUGGUCCAAGUUGUCGAAGUGGUCGAAGCGGUCGAAGUCGUCGAAGCAGACGACGUGGCCGAAGUCACGAUGCUCGCGACAGCUGCUAUCGCCCAGAACGCCGCGCGCGCCACGCAGACCGACAGGAUGAAGAAGAUGAAGAGCGCCAUGCCAUUCGAAACAGGCGAUCUGAACACAGCAGGCAGAAAAGGGAAAUGAUAUCCCUCGGCAAGAGGAAAACGCGUGCCGAAGAAACGGAGCGCAUGCAAGACGAAGAUGAUGAACGCAAAAGGGAACACAUUUCCAAAAAGUUAAAACGCAAGAAUCGUAGUAGCAGCGGAUCAAACACAAAUGAAGAAGAACCAACAUUGGAAGAAAAAAAAAAAUAUUAUCGAAAGGAAAAAAAUAGAAUGUCCAGAGAAAGCAAGGACACCGAUCGUAGCCGGUUCCCCAGUUAUGACACCAGUAGAGAAAGGGGCAAGGGAGGGCAUAACGAAUAUGAUAACCUCCACACCCGUCACAGAGAAGACAAAGAGAGAAGAAGCAGCAACAGGGAUAAGGACCAUAUGCAUAGUUACGACCAUCACGAGAAGGGUAAACGUUCAGAGAAAGUCCAUGUAAAAAAAGACGAGCAGAAAGAUGCUGAAGAGCAGGAAGAAACAAAUAAAAAUGAGCCUAAGGAAGAGAAGAAUUUCAACCCCUCGGGGUUACUUGCACAGGACAAGAACUACAAAAAUGGAAUAGAGUUGAAGUAUAUUGAAAGUAUAGACUCCGAGCUUCCGGAUAAGAAGUGGAGAUUGUACGUGUUCCUCAAUGCAAACACGAAAAAUCCUGCGGAAAUACUCCACUUACACCGCAAAUCAUGCUACCUAAUUGGAAAGGACGAUUUGGUGGUAGACAUAAAGCUGGCAAACCCAACCAUAUCGAAGCAGCACGCGGUAAUACAAUUUAAGAAGCAUGAAAGCCAAGUGAUUCCCUUUCUCCUCGAUCUGAGCAGUACCAAUGGGUCAUAUUUGAACAACAACCUAAUCGAGCCGAACAAGUUCUAUGAAUUGAGAAUGAGAGAUCACGACGAUAUUGCAAUAUACAACCAUGUGGAAGAAGUCGACAGAGUGGCGCCGCAGCGCGAAUGCGCCGAUGAAAACCUGUCUGAAGGAGAAUACGUGGCUGGUACUCACACUGCAUUUAUAGAUGUAAGCGCAUCGGAAGGAGACGUAGAGGACUCACCCUUAGAAGAUAAUACCCCUAGGAAAUCAGAAUCAGUAGAUGCAAUAAACGCGAAUGUUGCAGACAACGUGAGCAACACAAGCAGUUCAGACAAUACAGAGGACACAUUAGACCACCUCACAAAGGUGUACUCCAUUUUACGCACAUGGUCUUUACGAAACAAAAACAUGCAAGCUACUAUGGAUGAGAACGAGGGUUUUCUCAAAAUCUACAAUGAUGAUUUCUUCUGUGACACUGAUUAUUCGUGCGACGAGUCAAUAGGCGACAUCAGGAAUAAUCCGGAAAAAGAAAUAUCACAGGAAGAGGAAUUAAUUCGCCGACGCAUGGAGGAAAUCUUGCAUCACCGAAAGCAUAGCGAAGUAUGUUGCCAGCCGGAUGACCAAAGCCAUAGCAAAGUGGUUUGCCAGCCGGAUAACCCAACGAAUGGGCUAAAAGGGCGCUGUAAAAGGGACCACAAUUUUGCCUUUCAAAGUGACAGUCAAAAUUCCGCCGAACAUGCACACCAAACUGACACCAAACGUGGUCUCCAAAAUGGUGCCGAAAUCGAUCCCAUAGUUGGAUUUGAAAAUGCACCUAGAAAUGCCUUUAAAAAUGCCCGCGAAAAGGAACUCACCGGGGAACAUCGUAAUACGCACGAGAAAGAGCACCAGGACGAGAACAAUAUCGCCAACGCGGAAAGCUAUAAACAAAUGGAGAAAAUAAAUAAAUAA